GAGGAGGAGGAGACGGGAGAGGGUGGAAAAAGCGACCUGAUCGAGGGCGGUCCGGAAAAACUGAGGGCGAGAGAGAGAGAGAGAGAGUACUCCCAAGCAGCGAUGAUGACGGACGGGGGAGGCGAAGAGAGGAGGAGGAUCGAGAGGACAGCGAGCGUCCGCCGGCGAUGGAACCCUGAAGGAGAUGAAGAUGAAGAUGAAGUUGACGUUGAAGAAAAGACGGGAGAAGUUAAGAAGAAGUUGAAAGUCGAAAAGUCGAAAAGUCGAAAAGUCGAAAAGUUGACGUCGAAAGCAAAAAACAGCAAAAAGAGAGAGUAA